CUUUGCGAGCGUGCCAGCAAGUUUAAAGUCCCUGGUCUCUCCUCUUCCUCCUCCUCCUUCGCUCGCUCCAGACACCAGCGCGGGCCGGAGGACGAUGAGAGGCUGAUUGUUUGCUCCGGCUCCCAUUCGCAUCCUCCUCGCCUAUAAAUACCGGGGAGAAGAAAAGCCGCUCUCGCCGCCUCCCCAGGGCCGUGUUUCCUUCUCGACGGCCGGACCUGCCCGAUGGCACCGCACGGGUACCGCCGCGCCUGAGGCUUCGCUGCCCGCCUAACCCUUACAUAGGGAUAGCCCGCUACCCUCCGGCCUCCCCACGUCUCCCCCUUUCCCAUCCCGGCCAGGAAGGCGUCCCUCACUCUCCGCACGUCCCCCGGUUUCGCCCGUUUCACUCCCCCGUCGGCACCCAGGAAAGAGGAGAAGAUGCAUUUCGCGCCACCGGGGCUCCUGCUCGCCCAGCUCCACGCGUGUAUCUACUGGAGCUGCCUGUGGCCCGCCGGCUGCCAGCAGCCGCCGCCGCGCCGCGACCCCCCGCCGCCCCCCGCCGCUUGGAGGCAGCGGAUCCAGUGGGAGAACAAUGGGCAGGUGUACAGCCUGCUCAGCCUCGGCUCCCAGUACCAGCCCCCCCGGCACAGACAGGCGGCGGAGGUGGCGGGCAGCCCCAUCCUGCUGCUGCGGAACAACGGCACGGUGCCGCGGGGAGCGGCCGCCAGAGCUGCCGCCGCCACCACAGCCGCGCAGCCCCAGCCCGCCGCCGGCAGCCGGGGGGGUUCUGGCGCACGGCACUGGUUCCAGGCAGGGUACCAGUCACCCUCUGGGGUUCGCGCCGCCGGGCAGCGCAGCCAGGGGGCCGCUACCCCCGCGGCCUCCGGUGCGGCCAGGAGCCCUUCCUCGGGGGCGCCCCGACCCAGUGCCCCCGUCAGCCCCGCCGGCGGCACCGGGAUCGACGGUGACCGGAGCAACAUCGGGGCCGGCGGCCUGCCACCCCUUAGCAGCUUCAGACCUGGGCGGGAAGAUGUCAUGGUAGGCGACGACCCCUACAACCCCUACAAGUACACGGACGAUAACCCCUAUUACAACUACUACGACACGUACGAGCGGCCCCGCCAGGGCAGCAGGUACAGACCCGGCUACGGCACCGGCUACUUCCAGUACGGUCUCCCUGACUUAGUCCCGGAUCCCUAUUAUAUCCAGGCGUCCACAUAUGUCCAGAGGAUGUCCAUGUAUAACUUGAGGUGUGCUGCCGAAGAAAACUGUCUGGCAAGUUCAGCUUAUCGAGUAGAUGUUAGAGACUAUGACAAUCGGGUGCUACUGAGAUUUCCCCAAAGAGUGAAAAACCAAGGCACAUCAGAUUUUCUGCCCAGCAGACCCCGUUAUUCAUGGGAGUGGCACAGCUGUCACCAACAUUAUCACAGCAUGGAUGAAUUUAGCCACUAUGAUUUGUUGGAUGCAAACUCACACAGAAAAGUUGCUGAAGGACACAAAGCAAGUUUUUGUCUUGAAGAUACCUCCUGUGAUUAUGGAUAUUAUAGACGGUAUGCAUGUACAGCUCAUACACAGGGGCUGAGCCCUGGCUGCUAUGACACUUACAAUGCUGAUAUAGACUGCCAGUGGAUUGACAUUACAGAUGUAAAACCUGGAAAUUAUAUUCUGAAGGUGAGUGUAAACCCCAGCUACUUGGUGCCUGAAUCUGAUUACUCCAACAACAUAGUGCGCUGUGACAUCCGCUAUACAGGUCACCACGCGUAUGCCUCUGGCUGUACAAUUUCACCAUACUGAGAAAGAUGCAAGAAAAUGGAUGAGAUGCUCCCAAAUGUUGAACGGAAGUAAUGUUAUGUAAAAUUCAAAAUGAUAUAAACACUAUAGAAACAAAACUACAGAACAUGCAUACACACAUACACCUGCACACCUCAUAUGAUUUUGAAGCACUUCAGCUGCUUCUCAACCAUAUCUAUAACUGGAUUUUAAGCAUUUAAAUUGGCAUUAUUUUUGUUAGUGCUGAAAUGUGUGGAACUGGUGAUUCAUGCACAGAUACUUUAAAUUUUGAAAAUCUAACUCAUCCAUAAAAAUACAAGCAUUUCUUCUGAAAAUUUGGAGUUUAGGUGAUAAUAGACUUGAGUAGGAAUGUUACUUACUGGUGAAUGAGUUGAACAUAUUUUAAAAUAAAGCAAAAAUUUAUGUAAAAGGAAUUAAAUAAAAUGCAAUAGAAAUUAAUAGUGUUAGCUAUCUCAGAAAAUAUCAGAAUGAGAAUCAGCUUAAGAGUAAUGCUAUAAUAACAUUAAAAUCAAACUUGCUAAACUUGCUAGGACACACUGAUAUGAAUGGGAAAAGUAUGAUCAGUUUUCAAGGAUUAGUAACAUAUAGCAGAGAAAUACAUAUAUAUAUAUACAUGUAUCAGUUAUACCCCCACAAGAAAGGCUAUGUUUACAUUUUUAAUACAUUUGAAGUUUUUCCAUUUUCUUAAGUAAAAGACAGAUGGGGGUUUGAAAGAAACCUUUAAUCUGUGGAAAUAAAUUAAAUAACUUAUCCACCUUUCUAGUUAAAGUGAUUUUUCAAGGUGGGGCUUUUAAAAGAGUUCCGCAAACUUAAUGUGGAUAAAAAUAAAUACCUGUUAAGAACAGGGUACUUAGAGAUGAGGAGGAGUCCCUGAUGUAGUUAUUUAUGGGAAACAUCCAACUUGAACAGGUUAACCAUCAAAUAAUACAGAAAAUUAACUCAGGUGGCACCACAAACAGAAGUAGGUCAGAAUCUCUAACAAGGAUUUUUAUUGUAAAGCCCACUGCCUGCUUUCCCCUUAAGUACUGUAUUUGACUUUUAAAAUGUAUAGCUCAAUGAAGUUGGAAAAUGUAAUAUAAAUAAAGGGAAAAAAAAAGUCUAUAUAUUUAGCAUCCUACUUCAGGCUGUUCAGGAAUGAACUACAACAUUGUCAAGGGGAAAAACUUCCAGUCCAAAUCAAAGUUUUUUUCUGAACUGCUUAACUGGUGCUGAUUACACCACUUCUCCAAUCCCCAAAUUAUUUUGCUUUUGCAGUGCACCCUGCUGUAAGUUACAGUAGCUGUGAUUUUGUUUUUAAACUGUGAAAUAACAUAUCACAAGGGGAUCCGGUGAUUUUUUAAGAAGAUUUCUGAUCUUGUUAAAUGAAAGAUCUAGUUUUGAAACAAAGGGACCUAGAAAUAUUGAUUUGUAUUGGUGAAGUUCAACCAGCAGUUCAAAACGUGUAAUGAACAUGGAAAGCUCAGUAUUUAAAAAAAAACAAAACAACCCUAUAAAAAAAGAAAAAAGCAUAUGCUGUUCAGAAUAGUUACAAUUUAAAAUCUGAGGAGUAUGGAGAGGUUUUAUUAUCACUGUGGAGAAUAUUUCAGGCAGUAUUUGGAAUUAUUUUAUGCAGUAGGACCCUAUGUAUUUAAUUUGGAAGUUUUAUCAAUUAUCGUAAUAUCCUUUAGGUAUAAACUUGUUCUUUUCUGCAUAUAUUUAAUCUUAUUUCACUUUUAUGGUCUAUUUCCACCUUAAUCAUAACUUGGUUACAAAUUUGCACAACUAGUAUGUAUAAUUCAAAAGAUUCUAAGAACCAGCAACCCAAUGAUUCUUAUCCAACAUUGGGAGUGGGUGCAGAAUGCAUACCAUUGGUAUCUGCAGGUCCCUUUUUUUUUGCUGACAGAUCCAUUUUAGCAAUCAGUCACCAGUAUGGGCAAUGGACAGAAGCAAAAUUUGGCAACUAGAUUUAUUAAUAAGCCAUUUAUUACAUAUGCCUGAAAAACUGUGCAUAUGUUUAAAGUCGAGGCUUCUGAAAUCUCAGCCCAAAGAGUUUUUAAGAUCACAAGGUGUUAAAGGGACACAAGCGCAUUCACCUUUCUAUAGGCUUAGGUCAAAAUUGGGGUGGAAGUCCUGAUAGCAGUUUGGGCACUGGGCAAAAAAGCUCCUGUAAUGGAGCCUAGGCUGUGGGCAUGGGCUGUUUCCUGCUAAGAGGAUGUGUGCUCCUACCUCAUUGUGUCUGAUGCUGAGUGUGGGACAAGAGAGCACUAACAGGACACAGAGCAGCCACAGAAAUUGAGUUAAUCCCUCGGCUUACAUGGCAGUAACCUGCUCAUGUGCCUAUACCCAAACUACUUGCAGAACUUCACUGAAGUCAGCAGGGAGCCAGAGGACCUUGAGCACCUGUGUGGGAGGAGCAACUUGUAAUACUGGACUUUGUCCUUUCAGUGGGAAUGGCCUGGUUCAGAAAGGUGUUGAAUGCCAUUACUUUGAAUAUUGGGGAUAUUGUAGCUACAAAAAUGUAGCUUUU